AGGAGAAGUAGGGUAGGCUACCGAAUUCCUCCUAGAACCCACUUUAAUUCAGAAUGAAGUCGAUUAGACAGUAGCCAAUUCAAACAAAGUCAAUACAUUUUAAACCUGGAGUAAGAAAACAUCCUUUGGUAUUGAAAGUAGACUACGGACGGACCCUUUCCCUAUCCAACUGAUGCCCACCUGCUGGAGCGAAGCUUCGUUGAGUGCGCACGUCGAGCAGAUUCCAAAGCGCGCCACGCAUCCCUUGCCCACAGCUUCUCCACUUGCCAACAGAAGACAAGUGUAUACCGCGAGCAUUACAAGAGAAGAGGGAAGCAUAGGGUAGAACUCCGUCCUCGACGAGACUUCUUCGAGAAGCUCCCUCUUUCCGCCAGUGGCGCCCCCUGCUGUUACAGCCGUGGCAUGACCCUAUGCGGUCGGAAGGCGCUGACGUUGCUAAGCAGCGUGUUUGCCGUGUGCGGCCUGGGCCUGCUGGGCGUCGCCGUCAGCACCGACUACUGGCUGUACCUGGAGGAAGGAGUCAUCCUGCCCCUCAACCAGAGCACCGAGGUACGCAUGUCCCUCCACUCAGGACUCUGGAGGGUCUGCUUCCUGGCUGGAGAGGAGAAAGGACGUUGUUUCACCAUCGAGUACAUGAUGCCCACCAACGUCCAAAUGACAUCAGAGUCCACCGUUAGUGUGCUGAAGAUGAUCCGGUCCGCCACGCCCUUCCCCCUGGUCAGCCUCUUCUUCAUGUUCAUUGGCUUCGUGCUCAGCAACAUCGGCCACAUCCGCCCGCACCGCACCAUCCUGGCCUUCGUCUCCGGAAUCUUCUUCAUCCUCUCAGGUCUGUCCCUAGUGGUGGGUUUGGUUCUCUACAUCUCCAGCAUCAAUGACGAGAUGCUGAACAGGACCAAGACCAACGACGCCUACUUCAGCUACAAGUAUGGCUGGUCCUUCGCCUUCGCCGCCAUCUCCUUCCUCCUCACCGAGACUGCCGGCGUCAUGUCCGUCUACCUGUUUAUGAAGCGCUACACGGCAGAGGAGAUGUACAGGCCCCACCAGGGCUUCUACCGGCCUCGCCUCAGCAACUGCUCGGACUACUCUGGCCAGUUCCUCCACCCCGACGUCUGGGCCCGCGGACGCAGCCCAUCCUCCAUCUCCUCCGAGGCCUCCCUCCAGAUGAACUCCAACUACCCGGCUCUGCUCAAGUGUCCCGAGUACGACCAGAUGUCCUCCUCCCCCUGUUGAGACUCCCCGGGCUCCAGGCCCCUAUAGGCCGUAAAAGCCUGGGGAGCGGGUGAAUCACACGUCCCUUAAAAUGGAAAGGUCUGGCGGGGUGGGGGAGUUAAGGCGAUUGGCCUGUUGGUAGAGGUUAUGGAAACUAGAUUGGGUAGGUUGAGUGGGAAAGCAGGGUAUACCCUUUUCCUUAAGUGUGGCUACCUCUUUUGCCUCUUGCUCUCUUGUAGUGCCGUGUUCUGCGUUUUAAACACAUUGGGAAAUUAUAAAUCUCUUAUUACUUUCACUCUCCACCUCGUCUUAGUAAAAGUGUGAUUUUACACAAGAGGAUCUCAACCUGUCAACAACAUGCUUAUCUUUCCUUGCUAGGCCUGCAGUAUUCUUCAUUUUCUUUGGUCAAUCUGUAGAGACUAGUCUCUCAAUUAAAAAACCUCAAAGAUGUUGUGUAAAGUGUACAAGCUGUAAAUAUGAAGUGAAACGAGAGGAUCAUGCAUUCAAUGUUAUCUGUUUUUAUCUCAUUGACGACCAUGUAGGUGAAUAUACUGCUGUUUGCAGAAUGUUUAUCACAAAUACUGUUGUGCUUCAUUCGAUUUUUGUUUGUCAUUUGUCCAUUUCACUCUCAGCACUUUAAUGUUGUACUGUUAUAAACAAUUUACAGACAUAAACUUUUCUGAGCGGUAACAGACCAGGAAGCUGUUGCGCUCGUGUUAUUUUGAUUUGUGACAGUGAUCUUAUUGACCCAUAAUAUUUGUUCAAAUAAAGGUGGAGGAGAGAUGGGAUAACUUACAGGAGGAGACCAAGGAACAUGUGUUCAUGGUCCCGGUGGUAUGUACUGUGGUAUGUACCAUUUUGAAUGUAAGGUUUGCCAAUCGAAGAUAUUUGCUGUGCACUGACCAUUAGUUUUUAUUUUUCUGUGAUGAAAAGCUCAUUUUCUCUGAGCUCUUCAAUCAAUGCAAUACAUUUCUAAUGGAAUAUUAAAAUGCAGUGCUAUAUACAUUAACAUCUUAUACAUGAAUGCAUCAUUAGAGGUGAAAAGAAAUCUAAAUAAACGGUGCCAAACUAAUUUCUGUUUCAAUGCGGAUUUUCCAUAUGUCCAUAGUUACUAAAACUGUAUUUUUUUACGUUACAUCUACACUGUAUAUAUUUAAUCAUUAAGAUGUACAUAGACCGUCAAGAUUUUUGUAUAGGCUACAUGUUUAAUUAUAUGGAUGUUUAUUUAUAUCCAUAUGUCAUGUUAGAGGUAGAGCAAUCUAAAAAGGUUUUGUAAUAGCAGCUUACUACUCAUUGCAUAUUCAGAAUGUCAGCUUUUGCGUAGGUUCUAUUUACAUACUGUAAGUGUGCUAUUUCAAUCGCAGUAGAUGACAGUGUCAAAUGGAAAUGUGUGUAUUUCUACAAAGUAUCAUUUUCAUGAUGUUCAAUGUGCAAUGUACUGUACAUCUCUGGCAGAAAUAAAACAUUACUUCU